CCUCUUUGCUACCGGUAGUUCAGUUUAUCUUCCUCUGACAGGAAGUGAGUGGUCCUUUUCCGCAGACUCCAACAUGGCCCGAGGACCGAAGAAGCAUCUGAAGCGCGUGGCAGCUCCUAAACACUGGAUGCUGGACAAGCUCACUGGAGUCUUUGCUCCUCGUCCAUCCACCGGUCCCCACAAGCUGAGGGAGUGCCUGCCCCUCAUCAUUUUUCUGAGAAACCGUCUCAAGUACGCCCUGACUGGAGAUGAGGUCAAGAAAAUCUGCAUGCAGAGGUUCAUCAAGAUCGAUGGCAAGGUCCGCACAGACAUCACCUACCCCACUGGGUUCAUGGAUGUGAUCAGCAUUGAGAAGACAGGAGAAAACUUCAGGCUGAUUUAUGAUUGUAAGGGACGCUUCACAGUUCAUCGCAUCACAAAUGAGGAAGCCAAGUACAAGUUGUGCAAGGUGAGGAAAAUUCUCGUUGGCACGAAGGGAAUCCCACAUCUGGUCACCCAUGAUGCCCGCACCAUUCGCUACCCUGACCCUAUGAUCAAGGUCAACGACACUGUCCGCAUUGACUUGGAAACUGGCAAAGUUACAGAUUUCAUCAAGUUCGAGACCGGUAACAUGUGCAUGGUGACAGGAGGUGCUAACUUGGGGCGUAUUGGUGUGAUCACCAAUAGAGAGAAGCAUCCCGGCUCCUUUGAUGUGGUGCACGUUAAGGACAGUACUGGCAACAACUUUGCCACCAGGCUCUCCAACAUUUUUGUUAUUGGCAAGGGCAACAAGCCAUGGGUGUCUAUUCCUCGUGGAAAGGGUAUCCGCCUGUCCAUUGCUGAGGAGAGAGACAAGAGACUGGCUGCCAAACAGAGCAGCAGCUAAGUCAACAGACCUAGUGUGCAACCGUGAUUUCAAAUAAAAAAAUUAUUUACAA